AUGUCAAUGGAAGAGUUGUUAAAAUUACAAGAAAAGAUGGGCACUAAGGCCUUCAACAGCAAGGUACUGAAGGAAGAGAGUCGGCCAGUAGGUCAUGAACCCGAUUACUACCGUCGCAGCAACAAGAACCGACCAUCAGAGAUGCCGCUGAUGAGGAAGAGGGCACCGCGGAUGAGGUAUUUAGAUCCCUACCAGAAAACCAAGAAGGCAAUCCAGAGGGACCCCAGAUUUGACGAUCUCUCCGGCAGGCUGAACAUGGAGGAAUGGCAGCACAAAUACCAAUUCAUCAGCAACAUACGGAAGAAGGAGAAGGAGGUGCUCAAGAAGGAACUCAAGAAGGAGGACAACGAAGACAUGAAGAAGAGAAUACAGUCCAUCGUUCAACGGAUGGAGAACCAGGAACGGCAGAAGAAAUUCGAGCAGAAGCAGAAGGAAGUGGAAAAGGAGAUACGACAAGAGCAGAGGGAAGCCCUCAAGCAGGGCAUCAGGCCAAAAUUUGUGACCAACAAAGAGAAGAGCCUCAGGAGAAUCCUUGGAUAUUCUGUCAGUAACUUUUAA